UAAUAAGUAGAGUCUACUCUACUAGACUGUCACACUCAUCACACUGUCACUAGAAACACUAGACACAUUCACCUAAUAUUAAUCAUCUUAGUUUUAAAAAAAAAGUGCAGGGUCCUUAAAUACAUGGCAUCUCAACAUGGUUGUCUGUUGUGCUGCUACUACAUGUGUUAUGGCAUGGGCAUCAUCUAGAUCUAGAUCAGGGCUGGCGAACCUUUUUCAGUCCGAGUGCCAAUUAAUUUCAAUUUAAAAACAAUGAAGAUUGUUGCGUGCCCAGUAGGUCUACUAGUGACGCCGCUAUAUAUAAGAAGUGCUACAGCCAGUAAGUCAACUGCAUGUAUAAAAACAGCUUAGUAACAAUAUUACUUGUUUAUUCAAUUUUAUUAUCCUGACCUACAGAUUUGAAGUCUUAGGGCAGGUCAAUCAGUGUGACUUCUGCUGUUGUGCUGUAGACGAUAACAGUUUGAUAUCUGGUGUAUAUUGUGUAUUCUUCACACGCCGCACUUAGUUCAUCGGUCAAGCAACUUCUGGCAUCUGAUUUAAUAUAAUUCAUUGUAGAAAAUAAAGAAUCGCAUUAGUAAGUAGACGAGAAAAUUGACAGAAUGGAUGUUGCUACUUUUAUCAGAGAAUUGAAAGUUUUAGGCAGGUCAUUCCAAACUUGAAGAAUCUCAUUUUCUGCUAAUAUCUGAGGUUCUAAUGAUCCAUUUAACCGUUCACGUUCAAUUAAUUCAAGUCAUAUUCGUAAGUCAAUAAAUUUCUGUCUCCAAACAGCGCUGACUGAAACUCAACAAGUUACAUUUCAAAGUCGUGUAAUCCCAUCCAAGAAAACAUGGUCAAAUCCAGAGUUUCAAAAUCUACUGUAUCUAGAUAUUUUAUAAAUUUGGAGGUGUACUCGAAUUUUCAAAAUUGUUCAAAACGCAGUGAAAAUUAUUCAGCAGUUGUGUCAAUUAUCUCUAAAAACAAUCUUUUCUGAAAUCUUUGCAGGUAGUAUCAUGAACUUUUAAAUCAUCAUAAAAUUUCAGUUUGUUAAAAUAUUUUUAUUCUUCCUUCUCUAUGUCACGUUUGUAAAUCUUCAACUUUUUCUCAAAUGCUGUCAAGAUGUCAAAUGCCUGAUCGACAGAUUUUCCGAAACCUUGCAACUUCAUAUUAAGUUCAUUUAAAUGGGAUGAAAAACCGGUAAAAAACAUUAGUCUGAUAAGCCAGUGAACAUUUGUCAAUUCUGAGCAAUUUUGUUUGUUAUCAUUCAUAAAGAUUCGAAUUUCAUCAAGGCAUUCCACAAACUGUUCCAGAACCUGACCUCGGCUUAGCCAACAUACGUUAUUGUACAUUAAUAAGCCAGAGUAACUGGACUGAACUUCAUUUAGCAGCUGUUCAAAUUUUCUCUUAUGCAAAGCUCGGGCAGUAAUGAAGUUUACGGUUUUUGUUACACAUUUCAUAAUGUCUUCAAGUUCCUUUAAGCCGUUUUUUGAACAUAGGGCUUGUUGGUGCACAAUGCAGUGAAAAGUUAUUAGUGGGUGUCCAACAUGUCCUGUAAACAAAGUAACGAAACCUGCAUCUUUUCCAGUCAUACUUGGAGCACCAUCAGUUGUAACAGAAACUAUUUUUUGAGAUCUACACCUGCAUUUCUGAGCUCAGUCACAACAGUUUGACAUAUAUCUGCACCUGUUGUUGUUGUUGGUAAAGUUGAUAAUUUUAUUAGUUCUUCAUGUAUUUCAUUUCCUUUGCUAUAUUUAGCAAUGAUGGCCUGAUGGCCAGUCUAGUGGACGAUGUCACAUCAGUACUUUCAUCCAAACAAUAGCAUAGGCUUGACAUGCAUUAAUAUCCUUCUUUAUUUGUUCUUGAAUAUUAACGUGCAAUUUCAUAACUCUCGCUUUAACCGUGUUUCGGCUUAUUGGCAAAUCCUUUAUUCUCUUAAUGACUUUAUCCUUGUUUUGAAAGUCUUCAAACAAAUAAGAUGCACAUUCUAACAUUGCUUCCUUGAUAUAAUCACCGUCACUUAAAGGUUUUCCAUGCUUAGCUAUAAUUUUUGAAACUUCAAAACUUUCAGCCACUAAGUUAGAAGAACUUUUAACAAAGUUUACAAAAGAACUCGAUUGUGAAAUUGCUUUUUUUUAACUCAUGCGAUAUAUGUUCUUUUUGCUCAUCCUCGCUUUUGCCUAAAAGCCAGCUGUGAUUGGACUCAUAAUGACGUUUUACUGAUGAUGUCCGACAAACAACACUUUCCAAACACAUGGCACAUAAGGCCUUGUUUUCUCUGUGAAUCAUUCCAUAUCUUUCAGUCCACCAGUCUUGAAAAGGUCUGCCACUUCCUUCUUCUUCAUUAAGUUUUCUUUUUUUUAUUUUUGAGAAUGACAUGUUAUGGUAAUUAUUCUGAUAAAAAUGUAUUGAUGGCAAUGCUAGCAAUCGAUGUAAGACCGACACGUUUUCAGUAUCAACAAAAUAGCGGAAACUAAGGAGAUCUCAUUCAAAUACGAGAUUUGUCUUGAAAAAAAUUUAUUAUGCCCUAUGCUCCCCAAAUGAAACACAGUCAUAUGAAAAAAUUAUAUGGAAUAUGAUCUACUAACGCUUCUUCCAUAUUAUUUACAGUUCUCUGAAAUAAUUGAACUUUAUUAAUUGUGGUAAUUUGAGAUAUCCGUGAUUUUUCCAAAAAAAACACAUUUCUUAAUAUCAUCGUCGUCGCGUGCCACACAAAAUCGUAAGGUGGCACGCUUGCCAUAGGUUCGCCAGCCCUGAUCUAGAUUCUAGGUAAUAUAGACAAUAUCUAGUGCAUAUGUCUAAUGGGUUUUAUUGAGUAUACUUAUAGUCGUAUUUCAGUAAUGGGCAUGAUCGUUCUAGAUCAUCUUUGUUUUAAACAAGAUCUCUUUUAGCUGGCUUUUUUUUGUCAUGCAAAAGUCAUCAUCAGAUAGAUGGCAUACACUUAAAGAAAUGUAAUCAUUCAUGACACAAGAAAGAUUGGUAAAAUCAUGUUGACAGUUCAUGCCUUGUUCAGAGCUGUCCAUUAUUGUUUGGUUCAAGAACUUGUUGGUCUUGGAGUUGAAGGAAUGCAAUGAAUUAUUAUUUUCAUUCCAGCAAAUGGUCAACAAUAUUGAUUUGGAAGGUCAAAGCAAGAAUCUGCUUCUUUAUAGUCAUAGCUGCAGUCGUAGCUAUUUUUUAUGAAACAUUUAUAGAAAAGUCAGUAGGGCCAGAACAGACCAAAUGUACCCCAGGAAAGUUUCUUUUGCCAGGCAUGAACUCAUGCCACUUGUGGCUAACAUGCACAGACAUUAAGAAAGAUGUUAACAUUUCUAGCAUUGUCUUAGGAAUAGGAGCUCAAAAAAUAGUGAAAGAAGGCAGAUGGCAUCAGUAUCCAGUGGCUGUGAAUGUACUUGAUUUAACUCAUUACUCUGAGGACUUGAUGUAUGGUUUAGAGAUGCUGAAGCUUCUUAGCAGUCAACCCAAAAUAAUUCAACUUGUGGGCUGGUGUGUAGACAAUGGCUCUUUGGCGGUGGUGAUAACAGAAAAGCACUCCCUUGGGUCUGCAGACAAUGUGGCAUCAGUUCUGGAGCACCACUUUCCUCAGCACAACACUUUGGCAACUAGGUUUAGGCUCUGCUUUGAGUUUGUCUUCAUCCUGCAUUUUUUGCAUUCCCAGCCUGGGGGGUCGUAUGUAAUGUGUGACACCAAUGAUCCCAUGAAAACACUCAGCCAGUUUCUUCUGACUGAUAAUUUAACACUGGUUUUGAACGAUGUAGAUGCUUUACCACAGGUUAGGAGAGGUAGUGGUCAUCUCAUUAAAUGUGGUAAAGUAGAGCUUUCUGGACCUUAUGUUGCACCAGAGCAGUUAUGGCCCUUUGAUGAAAUGCCUUUCAUUGAUACAAUGAUGCCUUCCUAUGAUGAAAAAGUAGACAUAUGGAAAAUUCCGGAUGUGUGCAAUGUUUUGAUUGGCGAUGCUCAUGGUGCUGGUGCACUAAAGUUGCACUUAUUUAACAUACAUUCUCAAUGCAGAGAAUUAGAGCCUUCAAAGCGACCUACUGCAGAAAAGAUUUUGCAAGUUUAUGACAGCAUUAAAAGAACUUUGAAACUUUGAUGCAUUUACAAAAUAGAAAGGUUCUAAAUGGUUUCAUUUUUUAAAAUCAACUUAUAAUGUGUAAUUAUAUUACUAAGACAAUUUUAAAUGUUUAAUAUGUGAUGUUUUAUAAUUAUUGCAGAUCUCUCCCAUAGCAGGAAAAUCAGACAAGGCAUUAGCAUUUAAUCCGACCCACAAAUUGCUUACCAUAUGAUGGGCAUCCAUACUUGUCCACUUACUUUUUAAAGUUUGAUAAUGCAUCAAAAACUGAAUGUGUGCUUGCUUGGGUUUAUACUAGGUAUCUUCUAUUUCUAGAUGUCAAUUAUUAAUGUAAGUAGGCUAAAUAUUAUCUCAAAGUGUUAAAAGAAAUGACAAGUGCAAUCUUAAUUAGUUUGAAAACCUAUUUGAUGUAACUACUAAAAGAGUAAGUGGAUGAACAUGGGUCCUUUAGAACUUAGUGAUUUAAAUAGUCAAUUAUUUGCUGACCGGCUGACAAAAAAAAUAUUUGAAUAUUCAUAUUUACCUCCCUUGUAGAAUGAACCCUCAUUAUGACAAUAUUUCUAUAAUUAUUAUUGUUUGAUCUUAUUUGUCAUAUUGUUUUAAGUCAACAUUGUUAUCUUUUUUUUUUUCAUGUCCUAAAAUUUCAUGCUUAUUAAUUCAUUUUUAAAAUGUAAAUUCCACUAAUUAAUAUAUUCUCUAUUACUGUAGUAAUGUUUUUUUAGAACUAUUUUGGCACUGACAGUCUAGCCAAUAAAUCACUCUAUCUAAUCCAAUAUAUAUAUAUUUGUAUAUUAUCUUGCCAUUUUAAUAAUAUAUUAGGUUGAAGUUGAUCAAAUAGCUAUAUUUCUUGUUUAAAGAUAUUUACACAUUCAUUCUAUUACAUCUGCAUUUAUUUCCAAAUAUAAGUUUUUACAUAUUUUAAUAUCACUCUAAUAUCAUGUAAAUUGUAAUAUGCUGAGCAAUUAUUUGUAAUUAUUGUUACGUUAUAUUUGAAUUAGUACCUGACCUGCAGGGCUAGUCAAAAGAUUGUGUGGCCAUUACAGUUUUUGUGUAUCUAGGUAGCCCUUUUAUAAAAUGGAAUAAUAAAAGCAACUGGGUCUCUAAUCUUGGGUAUGAAUGAGGCCAAUAAUCCAG